CACCGCCUUGCAUUGCCCCAACCGAAAUGUCAGAACAGAAGUAACCAUUCCCCCCUCUGGUCUUUCUCAAGAAUCUUUUCGCUUUCCAAAUACUAAAAUUUUUUCCCUCUUCCUUGUCUCAAUCAAUCUCCAGAACAGAGGCAACCAUUCCCCCCUUCGGUCUUUCUCGAGAAUCUUCUCGCUCUCCAAAUACUAAUUUUCCCUAUUUCUUGUCUCGAUCGAUCUCCUUGUUUUGCUGAACCCUAAAUCGAUUAAUUCAGCCAACCAGCGGCAUACCCAUUACCCGAUUCUAUGGCGAACCUCACGGCCGACGAACAAAGGAUUUCGUUUUCUUUUUCCUUCUCCGAUUUCCCCGAAGAUGUUCAGUUCUCCGUCCUCUCGUUCCUCGCUCCGUCGGAGCUCGCCACCUUCGCCUGCACGUCGAAGCGCUUCCUCUCCCUCUGCCGCAGCGACGGCAAGCUCUGGUUCGCCCUCUGCCACCGCCGCUGGGGCUCCAGGACCCAGAUCGCCAAAUGGGGCCAGGGCAAUGUCAACUACCGGCGGCUGUACAGAACCCUAAACGAGUACGAGAACUUGAUUGGCUUCUGGCGCCGCAGCGGCCAGGGCAAGAACGCCGCCGGAGCCGCCUCGCCCACGCUCGUCUUUUUCGAAUGGGGCCCCUCUUUCGUCGUGGGCUCUAGGGUUUUCCCGUCGAAGACUAGGACGUAUCAGGUUGUAAAGACUCCGUUUCUCUGGCUGAGCGUCAUGCCUGAUGGUUCGCCCGUGAGUUUUCUCGAUCCCGAUUGUAGAUCCGAAUCGGCUGUUGACGUGGUUCAAUCAAGUGAAUUUAGUUUCCGAGAGAAUGAAUUGCUAGCGGUUAAUGUUUAUUUUAUGGGUAAAUGUCACUUAGUGGUCGAGGAAAAUAUUAACUUCGCCUACUCGAAUUCUAUGGAGGAAAAAAAAUUUAGUUUCGUGGAGGAGAGUGGGUCCCCGGUGAGAUUGCCUGACCCGUUGAUGUCGGAGAUUUAUCAGUACUUUGCGAACCGGACGAGCCCGGGCGGGGACAGGGUGGCGAGGAGGCAGAGGAGGAGAGAAAAGGAGAAGCAGGGGAGAAGGAAGUGGGAUCCUGAGCAUUUUGUGAAGGUUAUUAAUUGGUCGCCGACGCCAUCGAAACCUUUGCAGGGUUUGUGGAAGGGUAUUUCUGAUGACAUGACUUUGGAUUUCUAUCUCGUAGCUUAUGAUGACAUUGGUGGUAUUACAUGCCGGAGGGUUGGAGACUCAUUCUCUAUCUAUUCCCCAGUAUUCUGGACAUCAAAUACAACAUUCAUUGAGGCUCCAUUUUCACCUGAAGAAGAAUAUCUAUACGAGAACCACAUACAUCUCCAGCAAGUCGCGAUAGCUGAUACCAUCCUAGGGCGACCUCCUUGUAUGGACAGUCAAGUUGUCUCACACAUUCUAUAUAUUAACUCAAGCUAUGAUCUCGUUAUUCCAGACCUUGUGGGAGCUACCAUGAACCCUCGGCAUGUGGAGGGUCGAAUAUGGCGGUAUAGAGAUGGGACAUUUGGAUUUGGGUUUCUUAGGAACAAUCACAUUACAGACCUGAAGCCUAUUGCUCAAGAUGGUUGUAUUCUUGAUACAAUAGAUAUAUGUAGCGGUUGAUAUGUGGUGUUUCAUCUAAUGUAGUUUGUACAGAUCUAGCUUGCCAAUAAUGUUUGUGAAUUGCUACUGUGUAAUCAUUAAAAGAUACAAUCUUAAUAUUAAGUAAUUUAAUCUAUUCAAUCA